UGUCAAACGCCGUGUCAUCAAGUCAAAAAAACAAAACGCGCACGCACGUAAAAGAAAUCGGGAGAAAUUUUUCAACUUCGCGUGAAUUUAUUCAAGUAAAUCGCCUACGCCACCACAAUGACCGACGUGCUCGACAUCUACAAUCACGAGGAGUUCGAGGUGGACGAGGACGGCGACCAGGGCAUCGCCCGGCUGAAGGAGAAAGCCCGCAAGCGGAAGGGACGCGGCUUCGGCAACGAAAGCAUUCCCCGGGAGGCGAUCGAUUACGAGCGGCUGCAGGAUGACGAGGAGGAGGCCGAACCCGGGCCGCAACGUUCCGUCGAGGGGUGGAUCCUGUUCGUGACGUCGAUCCACGAGGAGGCCCAGGAGGACGACAUCCACGAUAAGUUUUGCGACUUUGGGGACAUUAAAAACAUUCACCUGAAUCUGGACCGACGUACGGGAUUCCUCAAGGGUUACGCACUGGUAGAGUACGAGACGUACAAGCAGGCCCUGGCGGCGAAGGAAGCGCUCAACGGAUCGGAAAUUCUGACGCAGACCAUCGCCGUCGAUUGGUGCUUCGUGAAGGGACCGAAGAAGCUGAAAAAGUCCAGCGAGCGUCGACGAAGAUAAGAAAAGGAACGCGCAGGGGAAAUAUGUUCACUCAUUUCUUAAUUUAAUAACCAAAAUGAUCAAACAUGUAUCACACAAACAGACGAAAUAAUAAAGCCAAGAAUUCAGGAUGAAAUGUA